AUGUCGAGUAGCGGCUCGGGCUCUUCCUCGCGGAAGGAGUUCGAUGUGAAACAGAUUCUCAGGAUCCGAUGGAGGUGGUUCGGUCACCCCGCGGUCCCUCCGCCUCACUCCCCGCCGCUGGGAGACUACUUCGCCGGGAGGAGAGCGGGCGGCAGCUCCGGAGACGGACCAUCAGUUAGCGGCUCUAGCAACUCGAAUUCAACCGGUGUAAACCCCAGCGCGGGGGGUCACAGCGGUCUUGUGGCCAGCGGUAGCGCUGGGUCUAACCUGUGUAACGGCAGCAACAGAAAGUUUGCUGAUCCGGCGGGGAGUCGAGGCGGACCGGGAGGAGCGGCAGUUGGAGCGACGGGGAGCUCCUGUCCCCGCUCCCUCAGUCAGCCAGAGUGCCGGAGCUCCGCCGCGGCGCUGUCGUGGGUCUCCCCGCCGCCUCAUCGUCGCUCUCGCCCGGUGACGAGCAUGGAACCCCCCGGCGAGGCCCCGGUGCCCCAGCUGGUACCCGAGCCCUCUGCUCAUGCCGGGGUAGAGGAGGAGGAGGCAGCAGCGACGGCAGCGGCAGCGGCGGGCACCGAGGAGAGCAACCACCCGGAAACCGACUCCAGCUCUUGCAGGACGUCCAACAGCAGCGCCACACUGUCCUCAUGCAUGUCGAUGGAGCCAUGUGCAUGUCCAGAGGAGUGUAUGUUCACCGCUCUGUCCCACGCUGACGUCACCUUCCGCAAGAUGGAGGGCUACCUGAGGAGCCGACAGCUGUGUGAUGUCAUACUGGUGGCUGGAGACAGGCGGAUACCUGCGCACAGGCUGGUCCUCUCAUCCGUAUCGGACUACUUUGCGGCCAUGUUCACAAGUGAUGUGCGGGAGGCUAAGCAGGACGAAGUGAAGAUGGAGGGAGUAGACCCUGAUGCAUUGUGGGUGCUGGUGCAGUAUGCAUAUACAGGCCGUCUCGAGUUGAGGGAGGACACUAUUGAGUCUUUGCUGUCAGCCUCUUGCCUGCUGCAGCUGUCGUCUGUGGUUCAGGCCUGCUGCUCCUUCCUCAUGAAGCAGCUCCACCCCUCCAACUGUCUGGGCAUCCGCUCCUACGCCGACGCUCAGGGCUGCCAUGACCUGCAGAGGGCUGCUCACGCCUACACCAUGGAUCACUUCUUAGAGGUGGUGGGAGGUCAGGAGUUCCUGCUGCUCCCAGUGGAGGAGAUGGAGAGGCUGCUCACUUCUGAUGACAUCAACGUGCCAGAUGAGGAAACCGUGGUAACAUCUUUGCUAACAUGGGUCCGUCAUGACUCUGCCACCCGGCAACGCCACCUGCCUUUGCUGCUGGCUCACAUCCGACUGCCACUGCUGCAGCCACAGUUCUUGGCAGACCUAGAGUCCAACCCUCUGCUCCGCGACAGUGUGGAGUGCCAGCGGCUGCUGAUGGAGGGGAUGAAGUAUCACCUCUUGCCCCAGCGUCGGCCCCUGCUGCAGAGCCCUCGCACCCGUCCUCGCAAAGCUACUGUAGGGGCCAUGUUCGCUGUGGGUGGCAUGGAUGCUACGAAAGGUGCUACCAGUAUUGAGCAGUACUGUCUGCGUCGGGACACGUGGCGGCAGGUAGCCACCAUGAGUGGACGGAGACUUCAGUUUGGUGUAGCUGUCCUUGACGGCCGUCUCUAUGUGGUGGGGGGCCGAGACGGACUCAAGACCCUCAACACUGUGGAGUGUUACAACCCGCACAGCAAAACCUGGAGCGUCAUGCCUCCCAUGUCCACACACAGGCAUGGCUUAGGUGUAGCUGUCCUAGAGGGGCCCAUGUACGCGGUAGGAGGACAUGAUGGCUGGAGCUACCUCAGCACAGUGGAAAGGUGGGACCCCCAAGCCCGACAGUGGAGCUUUGUUGCAAGUAUGGCUACACCCAGAAGCACUGUGGGAGUAGCUGUACUCAAUGGCAAGUUGUAUGCAGUAGGAGGUCGUGAUGGCUCAUCCUGCCUGCGUUCAGUGGAGUGUUUCGACCCCCACACCAACAGGUGGAGUGGUUGUGCUCCUAUGGCUAAAAGACGUGGAGGUGUGGGUGUGGCCACAUGGCACGGCUUCUUGUAUGCUAUCGGAGGUCACGAUGCUCCGGCCUCAUCCUUGGCAUCUCGGUUGAGUGACUGUGUGGAGAGGUAUGACCCUCAGACAGAUGUGUGGACGGCAGUAGCCCCCAUGAGCAUCAGCAGAGAUGCUGUUGGUGUUUGUCUCCUUGGCGACCGUCUCUAUGCUGUGGGUGGUUAUGACGGUCAGGUGUAUCUCAAUACUGUAGAAGCUUACGACCCUCAGACAAAUGAGUGGACACAGGUUGCACCUCUUUGUCUGGGCAGGGCAGGAGCAUGUGUGGUGGCCGUCAGACUGUGAAAACAUAAACACAAACGGUUGAUGGUUGGUGGACUGUAUUUGAUGUGGUCCCUCCUCUUUACUACCACUGACAUGGUGGCUUUUACCAAGAGAUGCAUCUGCCUACACCAGGAAAAAAAAAAGAGGCUGAUUAUCCAACACUUCAGGUUUUACACUUCGGCAAAGUCAAGUUUUACACUCUUUGAAGACUGCCAAUGAUUCAUUUUAAUGUUAAGGUUAGGGUCAGGACUGAGUCCUGGUUUCUGAUGAAGUUUUCAUAUUUGAAUAACUUGAUAACAUCUGCCCCAGAAGUGAACUGCCACUGACACCCACAAUGAAGAGGAAUCUGCAGUGUUUAUCUGAGCAUGGCAGAACAGCUGUCUCACAGCAUUUUUUUUUUCUUACCUAUUAUUUUGUUCCUGUAGACACACACACACACACACACACACACACACACACACACACACACACACACACACACACACAAAACUCCGUGGUGCUUUCAGCUUCCAUUUCUACUGACAGAAAGGUGAGAGAGACAGAGAGCUUGUCAAGACAUGUUGAGAUGCCUCAUCAUUUUACACUCUUGGUUUUCCUAACAAUAUCUGAUUGUGUGUAUUGAUGCUAUUUUAAUAUAUUCCCUAUUAUUUUUAUGCUGCAGUUGGCGAGUGCUCUUCUCCUUUUUCUUUCCCUCUCUUCUCUGCUGACAGAUAAAAGAAAGACUUUUGACAUAAUCAGCACAACCUUAUGAACAGCUAUACUGUAAGGAACUGUGAGCCUCUUUAGUCUUUUCAGUCAAAAACAUAUCGUUAUGCUUUAUGUAAUAGUUCUGUGUGUAUGUCUUCCAUGUUGCAUCAGCUUACAUCUGAAGCAUACAGUAUACUUUGAUAUGCGAUUUAUUGUAGCUUUUUUACAAGCUACACUGGCAAAUUAUCCAACUGUUUGCUUUUUAUUCAGGUUUUUUGACUGUAAUUCUGAAAUUUUUCACAUAAUUGAGGUCCAUUAAGGUCUGUUAUUGGUGUUGUUAAUGAUAAUAACACUGUGGCCCUUUGUUGAUCCCUGUGUGGAAAUUUUGUUUUCAAUUUCCAGCAGAGCACAGGGUCAGCUAUCUACAGACUUGAUUAUAUACAGGGUCAGUUGAGCUUUUCUGCUUGCCAGCUACCUACUUUUUCUCCACUGUAGUUUCUUCAGUGUGUGUGUGUGUGUGUGUGUGUGUGUGUGUGUGUGUGUGUGUGUGUACAUGUGUUUGGGUGUUCAGAGAUUGCACGGAGUAUAUUUUUAUCUCAAAUGAGAAUCUUCCCCCUUCCCCUCUCCACAUUUUCAAUUCCCUGCUGCUUUCUCCUCAUCCCCAUUUUCCCAUUUCAUCACUGCACACACACACACACACACACAUACACACACACUCAAGCGCAAACAAAAACAUGCACCACUACAUUUUAGAGCAGAAUUGGAUACCUUGACAAAAUGAAGAACAGACGAUAUAAUGAGAGCAUGAAUUUAAUAACGUAGAUUCAGCCGGUGCCGACGUUUUGUUUGAUGUUGACUUCAAAGUGUUAUUAGAUUUGACGCAGCUGCAAACAAAGCAUGAGACACAAGCUGAAAAUGAAUCCUAUGAAACGACCUUGUGUGCUCAUAUUUGUGGACUUGUUUAAAUGAACUUACAUGACAAGAAAUUUCUUCGAUACGAAGAUUCUGACUGCAGGUUCAUGCUGUACAUGUCAUUUGUGUUGGCUAUUAAGCUCAAUCUGCUGCUCUCUGUGUGUGUGUGUGUGUGUUUGUUUGUGUGUUUGUGUCUGUCUAGUGUACAGAAAGCUAACUCCUGACACUGAGAGGCAAAGCAGGCAUCCUGUCUGAACUGACAGAUCUAGAGCUAAUGUAGCCCCCAGGAUGCACUUCACACACAUGCACACACACACACACACACACACACACACACACACAGACACAGACACACUUACACACACUUUCACCACACAGCUGAAAGCCAAGUGCCCCAGGAGUCAGAGAAAAUUGAAAAGCCUCCCAAAUUUGCCGGCAUGACAUCUAAAAAGCAGAGACGGGCAGGCUAGAAAUCCCCCACAGCUGAGCUGAUGUUUAUUCAAGCCUAAUGCAGUGCUGCAUUAUUCUAUUUUCUUCCCCUUCAGACCUGCCCGCUGUUUAUUUAGAGAGUAAUUCUCUUAAGAUCACACCAGAAGAAGUGUGUCACCUCCACUGUGUAGAUGUUGUCAGAGAGUUUGAUUUCAGUCAGAGGUUAAAAAUAAAGACAUUCCAAAUCAAGGUAUAUAAAUAAGUAUAUUAUGUACAUAAAAAAAUGUAAAAUCUGUAUGUUAUGCUGUAUAUUAUACAGUGGCCACUAAAUAUACCAUGUGUAACUGUGUAUUUCUUUUUGUACCAUGAAUUCAGAUGACGAAGAGGUGUAAUAAAACGAGGGUUGGUGAGAAAUGGUACAGCUGCUCAUCUCCUCUUUUUGUACCAGAAUAUUUCACCUGCUCUUUUACAGUAUAAAUUAUGUAUGUACAAUAUAUGCUGCUGUAAAAUGCUGUUA